GCAUCUUCCAAAUCAGUAAGAUUCAACCGAUAUUUAGAACUCCAUCUCCAUGGAACCGAGACUGCCCGUGGUCUCAUUCCAACCUCCCAGGUCGUGCGCGGCAAAACGCGUUCGCAGCUUUUCCUUUUCUUUUUCCAUUUCCAACCACCGCCAAAAUCGCGUCCACGAUGUUCAGUUUUUCCAUAACACGCUAGUAAAACAGACAGUCUAUGCAGUCCCGCUCUAAAACCACAUACACUGACCACAAAGACAGCUCCGCUAUGACUUCCGACGCAACAGAACCGCUAUUCACCGAAUUCGUGAACCACUUGUUUACGGUCCUCGCGGAUGCGGAUCGCACCUCGAAGGUGAUGGAGUGUCCCAUUCCGGUUGCGAUACACGAGGACGAACCUGCAAAUAUUUCCGACGCCUACUUUACCCACAUUGCGCAAAAGGAGGCGGAAAAGGCCGAGAAUAGUGAUAGGGUAGAGGACGAAUACACCACAAUCGCAGACCGUUACGGCGCCAAGCACUACACCGGCAUAUACAGUAUCUUCCACGACCUCAAGUUGGCGUCUAUUAUUCUUAUUGCCCAGCAGACCAUCGGAUCGCCCGCGUAUCAGGACGUGGACUUUUUCUACAAAGUGUCCGUGGAGUUGUUGAUGAGAGAAGCGCACCGCUUAGGCGUGUCCGUUCGUGAGCUCUCCGCGCGCCGAAACGCACAGGCACUUGCGGAAAAACCGUCGCAGUUUGAGACGUUCCUCGCAAAGGAGUUCUACAGAAUAUCUACCGCGUUCACAGCGGCAAAUGGCGAGGCGUUUGUCGUCACAUCCAGUCUGAAUCUCCCGUUGUUUUCGUCGCUCAACCGCAAAUCUGUGCUUGACGAGCGCACGAUAGACCUUCCAGAUCCCUUCCAGCCGGUACAAAUCAUUGCCCAGUCCUCCACUGCCGCCCCGGUCUCCUUAGGAGUGGUGCUGCCACACUCGUCAAAAAUCCUGGCCCCAACUAUCCCUCCAACAGAGAUAAUGCCCCGCUUCUUCCACCCAAAUUGGUUCUCAUUGCCUAUCGCCACCUGGCUCGAAAACCGCGAGAGCGAUACCAGUUUUGCUCCCACCGUUGAUGAGACCGGCGCGGUCAUCUGCAACGAAACAAAGACCAGCGUGUGGUUGGAGCAAAUGGGGACGAAGGAGUUGCGAGAGAUUAGAGCUGCGUAUGACGCAAAUAUCGUGAAAAUGCGUGAACAGGAAGCGAGAAAGCUCGCAGGGGAAGAUAUUGAAGAAACUGAAAUAAAGGCCAAGGAAGACAUUGAUGAAGGAGAGGAGGGAGGGGAAAUCAAUGAAGCAGAGAAGGAAAUUAAUGAGACAGGAGAGGAAAUCAAUGAAACGGCGGUUAAGGAAGAUAUCAAAGCUACUGACUCGGCAGAAAUCUCUGAUGCCCCAAAACCUAUCACAAACGGGAAGUUUACCGAGCCAGCAGAAGAUGUCGAGAUGAACGACGCUGACCCCUCCCAAAACCCAGAGGCUUCAGGCUCCGAGCCUGCGGAGGACAUAGAUGACGGCCCAGGCCCAGAAAUCAACAUGGUGAACCUCUUCGAGUGGAACCCAGCCAACACCAUCGACGCUGAUGAGAUUGAAGCGGCGGAAAACCACACCGAACAGGAGCUCGCCAGCCGUCUUUUGAUUGAUCUCAACAAGCUUAGACAGAAGCGAUCCUUGAGGUCCACUCCUGGCAGUGUGGUGCCACCCUCUGCGAAGGAACGCGACAUUUACUUCAAGGUCAGGCGGUUAUUGGCCUCCUUGGUUGGUGAGUUGUCGGGUCCAGAACUGUUGGGACUCGAGGUGAGCAAGACCAUUCCGGUCUUACAAACAAAUUACUGUGGUACUUUACCGGCGCCUGUCCCCAUUCAGUCCAAGUCUAGAUACACUAAAACGAAAAAGACCACCAGGAGAUAGGUCGUUUAUAAAGAUUUAAUUCCUCAUGUACUACUAUUUUUUUCUUUUCUCUUCCGGUGAAGCUUAAACAGUGUUAAUAUUCAAUCGGAGCUAAUUUAGAACUUAGGUGUAAAUAUUCCAAAUCCAUAAAUCGGC